UUACGAAGUGUCAACUUUAAGGGUGUCAACAUAUUUUUUUAGUUAAAAUGGAUUUAGGGGAUCAUGCAGUGGAAUUAAUUCGACAGGAAAUUGUAAAAAUUCACCUAGAAGUUACAGCUUUAAUACAGGAUAUACACCAAUGUACUGGUCCCCUGGAAUUCCUAAACGAGUUAAAUGCCGAUGGUAGAGCGAAAAUUACAGCUUUAAGAUCGAGCAUUGACCGUCUCUCGGAUUUAGCAGAGUUAGAACUGAAUGAGAAGAAAAAGUCUGAAUUGCUCGCUGAAGUAGGAAACCAUCGAAGUCAACUCACUUCGACAAUGAAAGCUUUUCGGAAGGCAAAUGUCGUCAGUUCCUGUGUUAUUGAUAAAAUGUCAAGGGAAGAUUUACUCUCAGUUUCUGAAGAACAACAAAGUUUUUUACGAAAAAGAAAAGACAAGAAGGUUCUCGUGGAUACAUCCUCCCAGCUUACGAAUAAAUUGUCUAGCAUUUCCAGGCAUCUUGCAGAAACUACGCAGAGAAGUGCUGACACUCUAGAUACACUGGUUACUUCUUCUGAGAAGGUCACUGGAACCGGAAAGGAAUUAGAGGAUCAAAGACAUGUAAUUAUUCAGUCAGGCAAACUAUUAGGAAAAUAUGGUCGACGGGAAAUCACAGACAAGGCUUUACUAGCUCUGGCUUUCGCAUUUUUCCUGGCCUGUGUGUUUUAUGUUCUUCAAAAAAGACUCAGCUGGUUAUGAACUCCUCCUUGGAUAUGAUUCCAUCUCUGUCGAGGUCCAUCUUUUCGAAGAUUCGAUUCACAUGUCUAUGAACUGCACGCUCAAUCGAGCGGGUGUCUUCCACCAUUUCGUAAAUCGCAGAUACGAUAGCCAACAUCUCAUGUCGUGUUAUGUGCCCGUCGCCAUUCAAAUCGUACAACCUGAUUACGAAAGUAUCGAAAUUGAAGCUGGAACUUGAAACAAAACCACUUAUGUUGAACAAGAGGUUUCAACAAAAUUUCGAAGACACGUAUGUCCAGGAUCAAAAUUCGUCUCCUCGUAAUUAAUGGCAUAAAAUGAAGACAGUUUUUGUAUUUUUGCUCCUAAUUUUAUGCGUUUUGGGUGCACCAUGGCUAGACUUAUUUUUCGGGCGUGAUCCAUACUAUAGAAGCGAGGCAAGACAUAGGGAGGGCAAAAAUGGAAAAGAACGCUGGAAAGAAGUCUGCAAAACGAUAAACCCUAACGGUUACGCAUUUCCGGGACAAGUUCCUUACCCAGCGGCACCAGUUUGUCCCUGGUAGUUAAAUAUGUCAACGAAUCAUUUUUUUUUAAUAUGUAAAAUUGUACAAAGUAAGCUCGUAAAUAUUGAAAACAAGUGGAAGCUGAUUAGUUUUUAAAAUAUUCCUUUCAAAAAUGUGAAUAGCUGUGUUUCCAAUAUUUCUUUGUGAUAGAUCUAUUUAAUAAAAAAUGUUUUAAUUUUCAAGACUAGUCCUUCUCACAUUCCAGAGAUGAGAAAAAGCGCAAAUAAUUUGUAUAAGAAAGAAUUUUCGGCGAAUUGAGUGUCUGGAAUAUUUUUUCUAAAAAUAAUGAUUUAUUGUAACAACUUUGUACAGAGGAUGACUGUUUUCUGCUAUCGCUUAUGAGUAUAUUAUUAUCAGUCGUCAUGUGAGAGUACUGCAGUUUAAACGAUUUUAAAUAUAUGUAAUUAUAUAUAUUAUUAUGAGAUGACACUAGAGACUACUAUUGUAUAUUAUUUACAUACUUGUACAAAUAAUGUACGCAAAUCAAACCUACUUUACACGACAAAGAGGCUAUCGUUUCAUCAAACCUAAGUAUAUUUUCUUAUUAAAAUAGCUACACACUC